AUGGCGACGCCCGAGUGGGUCAAGCACCUGGUGGUCGGCGAUCGGGCCCUCGUCUGCUGCAUCGAGGACGCGGGCGGGGCGGCAGUGGAGUGGCAUGAGCGGGUGCUGCUGGCCCGCAUCGUGGACACCCACAGGGUCGUCAUUUCGCGGGACUCUGACAUCUUCGAGGAAGAUCCGGGGGAGAGAGACGGGCUCCGAAAGCUCGGUGCGGGAGGCGUUGUGCCUGCCGCGCCUCGGGGCUCACCGGUGUUCCUCAUUGCCCAUUUCGCGUUCGGGCAGGAUCGCCAGUACUACAUGGACCUGGGCGAGGCGCUGGCCAAAGGGCUCCGCCGAGGUGACGUGGUGCCCGCCGGAGCGGCGGAGAAGCCGGGCCCCCCAGAGCCGCCGCCCGGGCGCCGGGUGGCCGCGGAGCGCCGUGGCGGACUGGAAGUUGGCGAGGCGCUGGUGGCGCAUAUUGGCGAGUGGCUCCACGUCGCCAGCGAUAGGUGCCUUUUCACGCUGACGGACGGCGCGGUGCUGGCUGGUGGCCUCGAGGGCUCGGUGGAGCCCGCGGUGGCGACGGCGGCGGAGGACUCGCGCAUCCUGCCUGCGAAGAAGGGCGGGAUACGCCGUCACCGUCGCUCGUUCACGGGCGCUUUGCACGCCAUGAGUGAGGUCGACUUCGGCACCGACUGGGAGAUCGAGGGUCCACGGUCCGCGCUCUUCGUGGCGGACCGCAUCCACGGAACCAGGGGCCGGUUCAGCGGCACUCUGAUGGAGGUGGCGUUGACGAUUGACCAGGUUCAGGUCUGCAGCCUGGCCUCUUUCGAGCUGAUCAGCCGCCGCUACCAGAUGUGGGAGAGUGCGCGUAAGGAUCUCCUGCGCGAGGUGGACGCGGGCUCCGCUGGCGGCGACGACUGGCUCAAUGAGCGUUCCUUGUUCCUGGGCGUAAAGAACCUGCGCAGCAGUGCCAUCGCGAUGCCCGAGUUGGAGGACUUCGUCGCGAGGGAGCUCCCCACUCGUGCUGCCGUCUUAAAGGAGCGUCGCAAGGCGCGGGAGGAGGCCGCUCUGGCCAAGGGCAUCGAGACCCCGUCGGCGAAGCAGACCGCCAAGGGGAAGAAGGGCGUUAUCAAGCUCUACAGGGUGCGCCAGCGGGAUGUCCUGCCCACAUAUUUGGCCGCCGCCUCAGAGGCGCUCCAGGGCACGCGGCCCGGCUACGCGGGCGCCGCGUCAGCCGUCGGUGCUCGGGUGAACUUCGAGCGUGGGAAUGCGUCACUUCCCACGGGGCGAUCAGGCCAGGUGCCGUUGAGUGGGCGCCUGCCUGUCGCCCUGCAGCCCGCGCUUGAAGAUCGUUCAAUCCUUUUAUCUGCCGAGGAGGUUGCCGCGCGCCAGCGCGAGUUCGGAGGCGACCUCUUCCUGGGCCCCGCCCUUCGGGAUCAGCCUAGACUUUUUGGAGAGUUCGCUGCUGAAUUCCUGGGCGCUGGCGUUUUAGAGGCCAGCGAAGAUGUGCUCGAA